UGCUGCUGCGAGGCGAGGGCGAGCUGAGCCCUGCGCGGAGACCGCCCCGUGCACAGCAGACCCCCCGCCACCUCCCCACCCCCACCCCAAGCCAGGAGGAGGCGACUAUGGCGCAGACGCUGCAGAUGGAGAUCCCCAACUUCGGGAACAGCAUCCUGGAGUGCCUGAACGAGCAGCGCCUGCAGGGGCUGUACUGCGACGUCUCGGUGGUGGUGAAAGGCCACGCCUUCAAGGCUCACCGGGCCGUCCUGGCAGCCAGCAGCUCCUACUUCCGGGACCUUUUCAACAACAGCAAGAGCGCGGUGGUGGAGCUGCCGGCGGCUGUGCAGCCCCAGUCCUUCCAGCAGAUCCUCAGCUUCUGCUACACGGGCCGGCUGAGCAUGAACGUGGGAGACCAGUUCCUGCUGAUGUACACGGCCGGCUUCCUCCAGAUCCAGGAGAUCAUGGAGAAGGGGACUGAGUUCUUCCUGAAGGUCAGCUCCCCCAGCUGCGACUCCCAGGGCCUGCACGCCGAGGAGACCCCUUCCUCCGAGCCCCAGAGCCCCGUGGCCCAGACAUCCACCUGGCCCUCCUGUAACACCCCCUUACCGCUGGUGUCCCGCGUCAAGACAGAGCAGCAGGAGUCGGACUCAGUCCAGUGCACGUUCGUGGUCAAGCGGCUCUGGGACAACGGCCAGAAGGAGGGAGGAGGCGGCGGCGGAGGUGGGGGAGGAGGCAACAACGGGAGCCGCAAAAUGGCCAAGUUCUCCACACAGGACCUAGGAGGCAACCGGCAGCAGCAGCAGCAACAGCAACAGCAGGGGGUGCAAGCAGGAGGAGGCGGCGGGUCCGGCGUGGUUAGCGGGCCCAGCACGUCCGACCAGACCAGCCCCGGCACGUCCAGCGCCUACACGAGCGACAGCCCAAGCUCCUAUCACAAUGAGGAGGACGAAGAGGAGGACGGGGCCGAGGAAGGCUCCGAUGAGCAGUAUCGGCAGAUCUGCAACAUGUACACGAUGUACAGCAUGAUGAAUGUAGGGCAGACAGCAGCAGCAGCCGCAGAGAAGGUGGAAGCCCUCCCUGACCAGGUGGCCUCUGAGUCUCGCAACCGGAUCCGGGUGCGGCAGGACCUGGCAUCGCUGCCAGCCGAGCUCAUCAACCAGAUCGGGAACCGGUGUCACCCCAAGCUGUACGAUGAGGGUGACCCUGCUGAGAAGCUGGAGCUUGUGACAGGCACGAAUGUGUACAUCACCCGGGCGCAGCUGAUGAACUGCCAUGUCAGUGCAGGGACGCGGCACAAAGUGCUUCUGAGGCGGCUUCUGGCAUCCUUUUUCGAUCGGAACACUCUGGCAAACAGCUGCGGCACCGGCAUCCGCUCGUCCACCAACGACCCCAGCCGGAAGCCGCUGGACAGCAGGGUCCUGCAUGCUGUGAAGUUCUACUGCCAGAACUUCGCCCCCAACUUCAAGGAGAGCGAGAUGAACGCCAUCGCCGCCGACAUGUGCACGAACGCCCGGCGCGUGGUCCGUAAGAGCUGGAUCCCCAAGCUCAAGCUGCUGAUGGCAGAAGGGGACACCUACACCACGUUCAUCAACGACACUGGGAAAAUGGAGCCGGACAUCAUGGGGGUGGAGCACAACUUUGAGACCGGCAGUCACGACGGGGAUGCAGGGACCUCGGCCGAGAGCCUCCAGUAAAAAACCGCUUCCUCCCUUUAGCCUUUUCCAUUCACUGAUUUAUUUUAUUUUAAUUUCUUAAGUUGAUGAUUGUUAGCGUCCCACGUUGAUUUGAUUUUAGUGUGUUGUGUUUUUUAUUUUCCGGUUUGCCAGGGGGGGAAAAAGUUGCACCGUCUCUUUAAAAAAACAAAAUCAUCCUCGGUUCCUAAUGCAGUGUGGGUAAUGAGAGAGGGGUCGGUGGUGUGGGCAGUUUCGAUCUCACACUGUUCUUCCCGGGCGGGCGGAUGUUUUUGUGGGUAGCUUUGUGAGUCAAAUCGGGGAAAUCCCCCCACCCCCUUUGGGUUGUGCAGGAUCUGUGCUUUUAAUGAGCUCUCUUUAAAUAGAUCUGUAAAUAAUUGAUUAAGCUUUAUACGCAGGUUCUGUUUAUAGGUGGUUCGCAAAGGGGUGAUAAAUGAUGGCUCAUGUCUCAAGCAUAUCAAAGACGGGAGCGGCGGAUGUGUUGCAGCUGGGUCUAAGCUUCCCAUUGGAUUCGAUAACCAUCCCUGAGAACUGAUUAACCAUGCAUUCAGGUCCUCAUUAACCCUGUGCCAACCGCUUGCAAAUGGAGCCUUCGUACAAAGUGGGACCGUAUGAUUUUACAGGAAAAUAAAAAUCCCAAUUAAGACCCUAAUUUCUAAAAAGCAUCUAUUCAAGACAGCAUAUAAGCAUGCGCUUAACUUUAAGCACCUCUUUAAGUUCCUCUUGAAUUCAGUCAAAAUGGGACUUUGACCUUAUUCAUCCUAAGUGCCAAAGUCCCACUGCUUUCUUUCAUCCAUCCGCGUGUUGCCGUGAUGAGAGUGGAGAUAAAAGAUGGGUCUUAACAUGUGCGUCUCUGAAUGGGGGCUUUUUUUUUUUUUUUUUUUUAAAGCAAGUGACAGAGCAACACUCCUGGCUGUGAUGUCUUUUCACAUUGCGUCUACACUGGAUUUUUUUUCUUCUUUCCCCUUCCAACCACAUAGUGUAAAAUCCGAGUGCAGUGACUCCUAUGGGGAUUUGAACUCUGGGCAGAGCCAACCUAAUUCCGUGUUGCUUUGUCUCCCUUGAGUGGCCAGGCUGCAUGUAAAAGUUUGAAUCCUCUAAUGGGCCACAUCUUUUAGCUCACCCUGUCGCAGUUUUGCCUUUUUUUUGCCACAAGUCUGAGAUUCAGUCCCCAGCCAAAGGGUGUCGCAUUACACUAACUUGAAAUUCGAGAUCAGCGGCAGAGCUGGGUGGAAAGUGUUGGCUGAGAUUUCUUUUGUCUGAAAAAGGCAGAUUCUGUUUUGGCCCAAUCGCUCCCCCGCAACGUUUUGUUUUGACAUUUUCAGAUUAUUUCAGUGUUUCAACAUAACGUGUGACCUGCAAUUUUAUUUUAGAAAUACGAUUAAAAAAUGCUCCAAAACAAAACGUUCUGCUUCAGCGCGAACAGGUUUUGUUCAACCUUAUACAACUUUUUUUUUCUUUUAUUCCUGGGGGGGGUUUUGAUGCUGAUGUCACUAUAGCUACACUGAUGUGAAGCCAAAGUCCAGCACAGAUGAGACCCUGAAUGCCAUAUGCAAGGCUGUGUUUGGUUUUUAAAUAGCAAGGGGCAUUGUUGAGGCAAAAGAAAAAGAGUGAUCUAUUUGAAUCCUUUCCGGUUAAUGACAGGAUCCUAAGUUGUGAUUUUAAAAAUGUAGACCCCGAUCCUGCAAACACAGACAGACUUCAUCUGUAAGUGCGUGUGUGUGUAUUCACUGACCUAUUCACAUGCUGCUUCUUAAGCACUGGGCCCUGUUUCCAUUCCUGGAAUUGAUGCUGUAUGUUUUUUUGAAAUGACACUGGUUAAUUUCACAUUCCCUUUCUAGUCAAUUUCACUUCUCUGCUGCUUUGCAGUCAGGGGGUAUGGCUA